AUGACAUACAGCGAAGACUCGCCUUUCAGCCCAACUGCUCGGAUCACAGUAGCCCCAGACCCUAUCUCGAUCAACGGAAGUGUCCUGCCGACGGCCAAAAUACACUAUGGCAAUCCUGCCGCUAGUAGACCAGUUCAACCGCGAAAUGGUUCGUGGAAUAUGAUCUACGAGAGUUUCCAUAAGCCGAAGGCUCUAUUGUCCUGGGGAAUUCUUAAUUACUCAAGGGUCAGCGAUCAAAUGAUCAAUAGGUUUAUCAACACUCUGCUAAACGCAUGCAGAAAAAUUGGUGCCAUUCGUCUUUUCAUCUUCUGUGCAUCGCAAACUAAUCUAUCCAUCGUAGGAAUGACAGCAAGUCAAUCGUGUGCUAGCGCGUCGUCUGUAGUGAACGUGAGCGCCCAUGUGUACAUGCAGUUCAACUAUUUCAAGCGCACGAUCUACGAGUUUGGAGGAUACGCACUCACGGGAAAGGAGGAAAUCGAGGAAAUUAAAGGGGCGAUCGAUGACGUCUGGCAGGUCAAAGGCCUGAACCCCGAGCUUACAUUCAUAGUCGUGGGUAAAUGGUAA